CUCUGCUGCUGCUGUUGCGAGCCGAAGGGCGACGCGGAGAGAAGCAGCAGGAAGCUCUCUCGACUCGCAGGCCAGCGACAUCAGACUUUUCGUCCUGAGACGGCGGGCUAGAGAUUUGAUCCAGACGUCUUGUCUCCGUGCACGCCUCGACGAUGAUGAAGCUACGUCCCCCGGUCCUGUUCCUCUCGCUGCUGCCCACCGUCUUCUUGCUGCUGAGCGUCGCGUACAAGUUCCGCAGGACUGGCUCGCUCGUUCGCGACGACCGCCACGUGCUCAGCAACUCGUCCGUCUUGACGCCAAAGCCGGGGUCCGCUUCCGCUAAGAUCGACCGCGUGACGCUGUGCGGGCAACGGGGAGCGCUGCAGAACACGUCCAUCGUGCGCGUGCCUCACGCCAACAUAUUCCUGGUGUCGGCGUACCACGACCGGCGCGAGGGCGGUCGGAGCACGCGCGUCAUCGGCAUCGCCAACCGGUACGAGCCGGACGCGCUCUCGUGCCGCUUCUGCUGCCGGGGCCGCUCGGAGAUCGUGACGGUCACCGCCAGCACCUACAUCCACUCGGAUCACUUCGACUUCCCGUACGGCGCGGCCGACUUCCUGUGCGCGGAGCCGCCGGGCUGCUUGCCGGGACACGUGUCCGUCCGGCGGGCCCGCGCAACACCGGACGAGGAAGAGGCCGAGUGGGUGUUCAUGCCCGUGCGAAAUCGGCUCCGCGCGCCCCGAACCUUCGCGCGGGAAUUCAGCGUCUGCAUCUCGACGCUCUUCGGCAACUACGGCAACGCGCUGCAGUUCGUGCAGGCGAUCGAGAUGUACCGCAUCUUGGGCGCGGGCCGCGUGACCGUGUACAACACGAGCUGCAGCUCCGCGCUGAACAGAGUGCUCCUCUACUACGUCGAGACGGGCCUCGUCGAGGUCGUCCCGUGGCCCAUCGCGGACUACGUGCGAGUGUCCAAAGGGUGGCACUACCCCGAGCACCCGGGCGAGCUGCACUACUACGGCCAGAUAGCGGCGCUCAACGACUGCGUGUAUCGGCACAUGUACAGCACGCGCUACCUGGUCCUCACGGACAUAGACGAAGUGAUCGUCCCGUUGAAGCACGCCGACUGGAAGGACCUCGUACGGCACUUGAACGACAGGUACGGAGCCGAGAUUUACUUGUUCGAAAACCACGUGUUUCCCGACACGGCGUCGGAAGAGUUUGGGUCGAAGUUCCAGGCGUGGGACGCCAUCCCGGGCGUCAACAUCAUGCGCCGCAUCAGACGGGAGCCGAACCAGCCGGAGGUCUUCAACCCGACAAAGAUGAUCGUGAACCCGCGCGCGGUGCUGCAGACUUCGGUGCACAGUGCGCUCAACGCGCUGGGCAUCUCGGAGACGGUGCCCGGAGACACGGCGAUCAUGCACCACUACCGAGCGGCCAAGCGGCCCGACCUGCCGCUCGAGUCGUUGGUCGUGGACCUGACGCUGUGGAGAUACAAUGCCACUCUGAUCAGGAACGUCAACAAGGUCCUCAACCGGGUCUUCUGGAACGUGUAG